AUGGACUCCAUUCUCGCCGCCCACAGACAGCAGGAAGCCAAAGGCAACCUCAGCAAGACCCUCACGAGCGUGCAAUCCCUCAUCGAUCUCCUCCAGAAUACCCGCGAUGCCGUGGCCUCGGAUCCCGAAAAGUCCGCUCUCCAUCUCGCGAAGCUCCAGAACCCCGUCAAGCAGUCGUUCAGCAAAGUGGAGGAGGAUCUGAAAGAGGUCAACCGGGGUGUGAAUGCGUACAACAAAGCGCUGAAAGAUAAAUUCAAGAGCGCCAGUCUGCCGAGUGCGGGGAAUGAGGUGCUGAGCGGGAAUCCGGAUCUGGUGAAUCGAGCGAUUGCGAUGCAUCUCCUGAGAGAGGGCAAGUUUGACGUCGCGAGGAGGUUUGUGAGGGAGGUCAGCGAGAGCGAGAAGAAGCGGGACAACACAGACGAUGGCGAGGAAGAAAUGGAAGGCGUGCAGAGGAAUCCUGCAAGGAGCUGGAUGGAAGACCUCGCAGAUGCGGACGAUGCGAUGCUCGAUGGCAUGGAAGCCGUGGCGGAAGCCGAGAUUGAGAGAAGUGGACUGCAGAAGAAGUUUUCGGAAAUGUACCACAUUCUAGAUGCGUUGCGCAAUCAGCAUAAUCUGGAACCCGCGAUCGAGUGGGCGCGACAACACAGCUACGAACUGGAAAAUCGGGGAUCGAACUUGGAAUUCGAAUUGGCCAGGUUGAAAUUCGUAGAGCUGUAUACCACGGAAGACAUCAUGUCGGACGACACCUUCGCCGGCCCACUGCGAGCACUGGAAUACGCGAGGGAGACGUUCCCAACGUUCAGCAACCGCUACGCGCGCGAGACGUCCAGCCUCCUCGGCUCCCUCGCCUUCUCCCCCGAACUCGGCAGCUCGCCGUACAAACCCUACUUCAACAACAUGUCCUCCUUCGAAGAGGCCUCGACCUCGUUCACGGGCGAAUUCUGCGGCAUGCUCGGCCUCUCGUCGCAGUCCCCCCUCUACACGGCCGUCACGGCCGGCGGCAUCGCCCUGCCGAUCCUCGAAAAGGUCGAACGCGUCAUGGCGCAGACCCGCGGCCAGUGGACGUCGGUCAACGAGCUACCCGUCGAGACGCCCCUCCCGCCGGGCUUCCUGUUCCAUAGCAUCUUCGUCUGUCCCGUCUCCAAGGAACAGGCGACCGAUGCGAAUCCGCCCAUGAUGCUACCCUGCGGGCACGUCAUUGCGCGGGAGAGCCUGGAGAUGCAUUCGCGGGGCAAGAAUCGGAUGAAAUGUCCGUAUUGUCCCGUGGAGGCGCAGCCCAAGGAAGCGAGGAGGGUGUACAUUUAG